AUGGAGGGUCCCGUAGAAGAGAGCCAGUGUGGCGGGUGUAGGCGAAUCUAUGGACUACUGUUCAAUUACAAGAUAAAGGAUGUACUGACAUGGCAUCUGCUGAAGACCCUAGCCAUGGGCCAGGGGUUGUCCCUGCUGAUCUGUGGGACGGCUGUGAGCUGCCUGUAUCUGGCAAAUACUGGGGUGGAGACGCCCAUGCUGCAGAGCUUCCUCAACUAUGUCCUUCUGCUCCUUAUCUACACAUCCUCCCUCAGCUUCAGGAAAGGUGAUGAGAACAUUUUACAAAUUUUAAAAAACAAAUGGUGGAAGUAUUUGCUGAUGGGCUUGACAGAUGUAGAGGCAAACUAUGCAGUUGUGAAGGCCUACCAGUUUACAACCCUGACCAGCAUACAGCUGCUGGACUGCUUUUUGAUCCCAGUGCUGAUGGUACUUGCCUGGCUCUUCUUAAAGACGCGCUACAGACCGGUCCACUUUGUGGCUGUGGUCGUUUGUCUGUUUGGGGUGGGGGCCAUGGUUGGGGCUGACCUGCUGGCUGGGAGAGACCAAGGAUCCACCAGUGAUGUUCUGCUGGGUGAUGGUUUGGUCCUUUUAAGUGCUGUUCUGUAUGCUGUGUCCAAUGUGUGUCAGGAAUACACAGUGAAGAACUUGAGCAGAAUGGAGUUCCUUGGCAUGAUGGGCUUAUUUGGAACUGUCAUUAGUGGAGUACAGCUGGCUGUACUGGAAACAUGUGCAAUACAGGCAAUAAAGUGGGACCUUAAAAUAGUCAUGCUGUUUGCAGUGUACACCCUGUGUAUGUUUGCGUUGUACACCUUCAUGCCCAUUGUGGUAAAGAUGACCAGUGCUACAGCUGUCAACCUUUCCCUGCUAACUGCAGAUCUCUUCAGUUUCUUCUGUGGCAUCUUCCUCUUUAACUACACAUUCUCAAGCCUCUACGUCAUCUCUUUUGUCAUCAUUACCGUUGGCUUUGUCAUGUUCAACGCUGUGCCAACCUACAUUCCCAUAACCGAGUCUCACACCGGCAAUGAGGACUUUGAUGACCCCACUACAGUGGCUGUUGAGCAGAGUGCAGAGACCACCCUGUACCACCUCUUGUGCCCAGUGGAAAAAGACAUCGAGAGAAGUGAGACACAAAAGUUGGCUUCUACACCUUGA